AUGGCAACUACUACUACUACUGCUGCUAAUGCUGCUAAUGCUGCUGAAGUUUCCACAGCGGCAUCCAGAACACUAUCGCCUUGUGAAUCUUGUAUCACACUAAACCCUACAAACUUGCCACCACUUCUACAGCAACAACAGCAACAACUGUAUAAUCCGCAAUAUUUCAACAACUAUUUGCAAACUAGACUAGCAGAAGAAAUCAGCAACAGUUUAGAGGACCUCAAUGACAAUGCCAGAGCAAUUAACAAACCCAGAGCUGCCUCUAUUCAAAGCAACAGGAGUACUUCAAUCACUCCCAAAGCAUCAAACUCAAUAAUCAAGACGGAAAUCACCAUAAUAUACAAUCACCAUGACAUCAACAUCAAGUUAUCAUCCAUCAUUAGUCUCAUUAAUAGUUACUUGACCAACCCUUUACAACCUAGCCAAAUCACAAUCAACCACCUCUUCAUAUAUUUGUACUAUCACCAAUUUGUACUCUUUGAAAUAGACGAAACCCCACUAAAGAUUAGACAAUUUAACCUAAUACACCUCGGGAAACCAUACAAAUUUGUAUACGACACUUUUCCAAUCAAAAACACCCCAACAAGGAAAAGCUUACUUUUAGAUUUCAAAAUUGAGGAGUUUCCAAAAUUCUUACUCAAUAUCACUGGAGAUAGUCAACAAACCUUAUCAUCACCACGAACAACACUGAACUAUAUUACACACCCUACUACUCGCUCUACAACUUCAUUUUCGUUUUCGAAAAGAAGACCCAUUUUGCACUAUACUGAUUAUUUUGAUAUUGCAACUUUCCUCAAACGAUCAGAGGAAUUUGAAGACAAAAGUACAGGAUCAUUGACAUAUGUCGAGUACUUGAGAAAUAAACUAAAGAGAAAACAUAGUACAGAUACAACCAAAACAAUACGUGGCACUAAGAACGAUACACAAGAAGAAGCAGAACAAGAAGCAGAACAAGAAGCAGAACAAGGUCAAAUAGCAAGUGAAGACGAGGGUGCAAACAUAGAUGAUGAGCCAGCUACGAUUCAACGACACCGUUCAGCAAGCACAGUCACUUGUGGUGGCGGCAAUGUCAGAAACCUCGAUCAAAUAAAAAGAUUUAGAAAAAGGCAAAAAAUUAAAGAUGCCGUUUUCAAAGUAGCUAGUAAAGUAUUUGUAGUUGUCUUUCAUUGA